AUGGCGGACUUGCUGGACGCCGUUAGCGAGUGCCCCGAGUUUGUCGCGGACCUGGCCGUCGACCUGGGGCACGAUGCGGGCCCCGCAACCCAGGUGCCCCGUGGAAGCUUCGAGGGCUGCGGGUUUCGGAGCCUGGCGGCUGAUCAGGUCGGUGGCAGCGCGGCCCGCCAGGGUCCUGCCAAGCGUCAGAGAAUGGUUGAGGGGGUUCAUGCGGGCGCCAUGCUCGGGAUGGCAGCGGUGGUGACAGCUGCGACCGCCACCGCGUCGUGGACCGGCAAGUCCGAGGGGGUCAAGGCAUGCGGCAUCGGGGUCGUCGGGGUGCCCCUCGCGCAGGCCAAGGAUGUCAUGGGCCCGUUGUGCGCCAAGCUCAUGUCGAAGGAGUGCGACCUCUGCCGCGUGACGCAGGG